CUGUGUGUGAUGCAGUCAGAAGCAAGAAGUCAUUCGAAAAAGUACAUUGCCUUAUUAUUUCGGUGCAGAAAUGGCUGUGUCAACUCGUGAUGACCGUGUCCUGGAUUUGAUUUUCGACCCUAACCGCCAGGAGAUUGGGUUCCAAGAUGAGAAUACAGAGGAAAUUCCGUGCCCUGUAAGUAAUGGAGAACAGAACGGGCGUCCACAGGACAGCGACGAUGCUGUGGCUGAGUCGAAACGUCUAGAGCUGGCUGGAAUAGAAUGUGCUGAAAAAGGUGACAUCACUGCUGCUAUGGACCAGUUUGACCGUGCGGUGGUGGCCGCGCCGCACUACGCGUCUGCGUACAACAACCGCGCGCAGGGACGGCGAAUGCAGGGGGACACUGAGGGAGCAAUGGCAGACCUGAACAAGGCCAUUGACCUGACGCGGUCGCGCGGCAAAGUUGCCGAGCAGGCGUACGUACAGCGUGCCAUGAUCCGCCGUCUGCAGGGAGACGAUGACGGCGCGUGGCAGGACUUCCGGGUGGCGGCAGCCCUCGGUAGCGCUUUCGCCAAGGCAGAAGCCGUCCGCCUCAACCCGUACGCCGCCAUGUGCAACCAGAUGCUGCGAGACGUGAUCGGCAAACUCCAGCGUGGUGAGGAAUGACCGACCGAACAUCCAUCUCCCGCAAGAUCCUUCAUGAAAGUCUAUUGAAUAUUGUUGACAUUCUGCAUGAAAUCUAUUUCCACAGCCAUCAUCUACGAUCAUCUAUAACCAUCCUUUCUUGAUGGUGUAAGCUGCAAAUUAACGUCCAGCUUCCAGUCCAGCCAUAGCUCUAACACACUUCCUUUUUCUUCUCAAAACUUCUCAUGAAACAAAACAUCACGUAUGCCUUAUGAUAAUUAUAUUUGGUGGUGUUUUGUGGCGGCAUGUUCAGCUUUUUGUACAGCCGUAGCUAUGACAUACUUAUUUUCUCCAAGCUUCUCAUGAAAAACAUAACAUUAGUUUUCAUUGUGUAUGAUUCUUAUAUUUGGUGGCGUUUUUUGGGGGGAAUACAGAUCAGAACAAUACUCAAUAGUACUUCGAAGCAAUAUAAUUUUCGGCAGUGACAAAGAACACUGGAUACGAUGAUUUGCUGAAUAUGCAGGUUUCUAAUGCCACAUCUGC